AUGACCAACGAAGGUUAUUAUCCGCGACUUUCCGACUCUGCUCAAGCAGGAGCCGUGCUGGCAGAUGACUUCCUCGAGACAUUUAAGCAAUCUCUACUCACGGAUUACAAAAGCUUUGUCCAAUCUGAGGAAUUUGUUCAUAAUGAAAUUCUGUCACCCAGGCGCUCAUCGACGCAUACGCCGUUCAGGGAUGUUCAGCCGUCCAGACAACCGCCUUGUGUCCACGAUGAACUGCAAGAUGACCGUGAGCGCAACACCGAACGCAAUCAUGAACCCUCUAUCACUGCAGCCACAGUUCCCGGAAUAGGUUCAAUGGGUGUCAGUGUCUUGAACUAUCCGCUAUCUCUUUUUGACAAUUUACCGGAACUUCCGCCCGCCAGCAUCAUCGAGGAUCUCACGUGGGCAUUUGAGACCGGGUUCCUAAGAAAAGCACCUUUUCUCUCGGAUUUAUCAAAUCCAGACACUCCUGCCUUGGCGGGGUUAGCGGGAAUGACCCCUGUUCCUCCAUAUCUCGCCUUUUCCAGGGCUCUUAUUGGCACGGUUGUCACCAGGCGCCAAGAAUGUUGCAUGUGGGCCCCAAGUCUUUAUGAAACAGCUUUAAAACUGUUCGUGGGCUCAGUGGAGCUGGAUAAUAGAACAUCGAGGAAUAUACACUGGUAUGAAGCGGGUCUACUCUUAGUGGUCUACGGAAUGCUGCACUCAGAUGAUGCCAUUUGGGAGACGACUACAAUAGUCAAUGGUUACUUUCUCGUGCCAUAUAAACAUCGGGGUUUCCUGCAGAUCGCAGACCAAGGCGCACCAUUUGACACCCAUGACACAAGUUUGAUAACAUCAUUCUACUUCGUUAUCGAUAUUAUCAGAGCAAUUCACUUGAAUACGCCGCCUUCUUUCAGUCCCACAGACUUGUCCUUCCCGCUGACAGACCAGUCCACUUGGAGGUUCGAGGAUCUUUACAGACAAAUUAUUAUCCAUAAACGACCCCUUUCUCCAGAUCAAACUCCAGGCGAGUAUCUUCUGGCUAUAUUGUGCAUAUUGUCCGAAGUUUUCCAGCUUCUAAAAUUCCUAGGGCCUUUCGUUGACGAGACAACUCAAAAUCCCCACAUGGCCGACGUGAAUUCGAUAUUCUACCCCCCCUCGUCUGCAAGUCGCGAGUACUUACGUCAAAUCGAGGGUCUGAUUUGUUCCCUUCAAGUAUGGCACAGCUCUAUAGAUGCCCAAAGUGCCAGAUCCUCCAACGGGUGCCAAUUCUCCAAUGCUAGCUUAUCAAGGGGACCCAAUUCUGCCACCCUCAAGCUGCACAGAGAUUCACUGCCAAUUGCCUACAUGUGUCGUAUACUACUCGAACUUGGGCCGCGAGCUCUGGAACUCCCAAAGAUCGCAGGGUAUGAUGGACCCUUACCCAAUGGACAUAAUCCACCGUCCCCGUUGAAUGAUAAACCCCACCAACUGGGAAUCCAUGUCAGCGAUAGUGCCAUUGAAUGCUCCUGGAAGAUACUGGAAACUCUGGAUGACGAAGGCCAUGAUGUUGAUUGCACGGUGGAGGAUUCAUUUAUCCCACUGUGGCUCCCCCUCGUUCUUUUCUACGCUGGGCUUACCGUCUGGGCGCGCAUGCAAGAAGACCAAGACCGGGGCUUACUCAAAGGCGCGCAAAACUCUCCGUCUGCGCGUCGGCGACUUCUACGAUCAUUCGAGAACGAACUACGCAAGAUCGGAAGGCAGUAUAAAAGUGCCGCCCGAAUGGCGGACGUGAUCAAAAAAUUGUAUUCGUGCACUCUGGCAGAGAUCUCUGUCUGA